AAACAAACUCCAGGUGGCGGUGCGGAAUUUUUGCGUGACACUUUUUUCUGUGCGGCCGGAAUAACCAGCGUACAUACAACAAUUACGUGGCAGUACUUGUCGGGAUCCUACCGACAUGGCAACCUAUCAAACGUACCAAGAUUUCAUACAGAAAAACGAAGAUCGCGACGGCAUCAGGUUUAGCUGGAAUGUGUGGCCGUCGAGUCGGCUGGAAGCCACACGACUGGUGAUACCCCUAGGAUGUCUGCUGACUCCGCUCAAGGAGCGACCAGAUCUGCCUCCUAUCCAAUACGACCCGGUACUGUGUACGCGACAAACGUGCAGAGCAAUUCUAAACCCACUUUGCCAAGUGGACUAUCGCGCAAAGCUGUGGGUUUGUAACUUCUGCUUCCAACGCAAUCCAUUUCCUCCCCAAUAUGCAUCAAUCUCUGAACAGCACCAGCCGGCCGAACUCAUCCCACAGUUCUCGACUAUAGAGUACACUAUAAUGCGUGCGACGUGUAUACCGCCUAUAUUCCUUCUCGUCGUCGAUACCUGCCUCGACGAUGACGAAUUGACAGCUUUGAAGGAAUCUCUUCAGAUGUCACUAUCGCUUCUGCCACCCAACGCUUUGAUCGGUUUGAUAACCUUCGGUAAAAUGGUCCAAGUCCACGAACUGUGCUGCGAGGGUUGCACCAAGAGCUACGUGUUUCGUGGCACGAAAGACCUGACAGCCAAGCAAAUCCAAGACAUGCUCGGAGUGGGGCGUAUGACACCCCAGCAGGCAGCGCAGCAACAACAACCUCACCAGAAAGGCCCACCCCAACAUCCGGCAAGCAGAUUUCUUCAACCGGUGGAAAAAUGCGACAUGAGUCUGACUGAUCUCUUGGAAGGUCUUCAGCGUGAUCCGUGGCCCGUUGCGCAGGGCAAGCGCCCUCUAAGGUCCACCGGCGUUGCGCUGUCCAUAGCUGUCGGACUUCUGGAGUGCACCUAUCCAAAUACUGGUGCGCGCAUCAUGCUCUUCACGGGUGGAGCCUGCACUCAGGGCCCCGGGAUGAUUGUCGGAGAGGAACUCAAGGUGACCAUCCGUUCUCACCAUGACAUUUCCAAAGACAACUGCAAACACAUGCGGCGAGCCAUAAAACACUACGACGCUCUCGGUCAGCGUGCCAGCACAAACGGCCACACCAUCGACAUCUACGCCUGCGCACUGGACCAGACGGGGCUCCACGAGAUGAAGUACUGCCCCAACAUGACGGGAGGCCACGUCGUCAUGGGAGAUUCUUUCAACUCAUCCCUCUUCAAGCAGACAUUCCAGAGGGUGUUCUCGAAAGACGCCAGGGGCGAGUUUCGGAUGGGGUUCAACGCCCUGCUCGAAGUGAAGGCGUCGCGCGAGCUCAAGGUGGCCGGAGCGAUCGGACCCUGCAUCUCGACGAACGUCAAGAGCUCGAGCGUCUCCGACAUCGAGACCGGAAUGGGUGGGACGUGCCAGUGGAAGCUGUGCUCGCUGACGCGGAACACUACGGUCGGCAUUUUCCUGGAAGUGGCGAACCAACACAACGCACCGAUUCCGCAGGGCGGUCGAGGCUGCCUGCAGUUCAUCACGCAAUACCAACAUCCGAGCGGACAGAAGAGGGUGAGAGUUACGACGAUAGCGAGGAACUGGGCCGACGCAUCCGCGAACCUGCACCACAUCUCGGCGGGUUUCGACCAGGAAGCGGCAGCCGUGCUGAUGGGUCGACUGGCGUGCUUUAAGGCAGAGAGUGAAGAGGAUGGAUCGGAUGUGCUGCGUUUCAUUGACCGCACCCUCAUCAAGCUGUGUCAGAAGUUUGGGGAGUACAACAAGGAUGACCCCGGUUCCUUCCGUUACGCGGAGAACUUUUCGCUCUACCCGCAGUUCAUGUUCCAUCUGAGAAGGUCAAUGUUCUUGCAGGUAUUCAACAACAGCCCUGAUGAGACAUCGUACUAUCGGCACAUGCUGAACCGCGAAGAUCUGACCCAGUCGCUGAUCAUGAUCCAGCCCAUCCUCUAUGCAUACUCCUUCAGUGGGCCUCCAGAACCAGUCCUCCUGGACACCAGCAGCAUCCAGCCAGACCGCAUCCUCCUCAUGGACACCUUCUUCCACAUCGUCAUCUUCCACGGUGAAACCAUCGCCCAGUGGCGGAAAGCCGGGUACCACAACUCCGCGGAGCACGAGAACUUCCGUCAACUCCUGCAGGCUCCAGAAGACGACGCGCAGGAGAUCCUGCAGACACGAUUCCCGAUGCCGCGCUACAUUGUUUGCGACCAGGGAGGGUCUCAGGCGAGAUUCUUGCUCUCGAAAGUGAAUCCGUCUGUGACACAUAACAACGCCUACAACUGGGGCCAGCAGGAUGCCGGCGGGUCGCCCGUCCUUACGGACGAUGUCAGCUUGCAAGUCUUCAUGGAGCACCUAAAAAAGUUGGCCGUUUCCAGUUCAGCCUGAAAUUGUACUAUUUACAAAGUUCUGUUCACUGUUAACUUAGAAAAUGAGGCAGUUAUUUAAAAUUGGAGCCAGCUUUAAAUAUUGUUUUAUCAUGUAGUGAGCAUCUUUUUCAAAAUAAAACACACUUUCUGCCUUGUU